GUCUCAACGGCGGUUAGCUUCGACAGCGGUGACUGGACAGGCGGAGCGGAGGGGGGAUCACCGAUAUUUCACAUGAACCGGUAGCUUCACCGGCGAAGUGUCACCGCUAAAUGAAGACCGAGAAAGUGUCGUGUCUUACGGGCGUAACAGUUUAAGUUUUUAUUGCGAGUGUUGUUCCGAUAAUGCUGGGCGGUAAAACCUGAUGAAGUUCACCAGAGAUAUCUGCCGGCUGCUGGGCUUAGGAGGCGAUGGGCCAGGUGAGGAUGAGAUGGAGGCUCAGGACGGUGCUCCUGACCAAACAGACAAAAGAAAAGGCCAAGACUCAUCACAGGUCAUGCUGAACAAUGAGGAAGGUCUGGAUGAUGAGGAGAAAGCACGGAGGAAAGCUGAGAGGAAGAGAGCAAAAAAGAAAAGGCAGAAAGAACGCAAGAAGCUGGAGAGAGAGGAGAGGAUGGAGGAUGUUUUAGAGCAGGAAGAAGAAGAAGAAGUGGCCGGAGCGGGGUCAGAGAGCAACAGUGAGGAGGAAUUCAGAGUGGAGGAGAAAUGGACCGAGGUUCGUCCCAGAAACAAAUGCAGCCCUGAAUCAGUCCCCGUCCUCGUGACCGGGGAGAACAAGAGCAAGUUACCUCACAGGACCUCAGAGGAGGAGCCGGAGUGGGACGUCAGCAGCGCGUUUGUGGCUAACGCUGCCAGCCACAUCAAACUCAAGGGCCCGAAGAGCCGAACGGCACAGAUCACCAGAGAGAACAAGGAGAACGAGGCCAGGAGCAACCAGGGAGAGAGCACAAAAGAAAUGAAGAGGAGGGGAGAGUCUCUGACAGAGCAGGGCAUCCAGAUGUUCCAGCAAGGCCAGUACAGCCAGGCAGUGCACAUGUUUACAGAAGCCAUCUACUGUGACCCCAGGGACCACAGGUUCUAUGGGAAUCGCUCUUACUGUUACUGGUGUCUGGAGCAGUACCACUCCGCCCUAUCAGACGCUCAGAGGUCCAUCGAGCUGGCUCCUGAUUGGCCGAAGGGAUACUUCCGUAAGGGGUGUGCCCUGAUGGGGUUAAAGAGGUACAGUGAGGCAGAGAAGGAAAUGGAGCAGGUAUUGAAGUUGGAUCAGGACAUCACAGAAGCGUCCAGUAAACUCGUGACCUGCCGGAUCCUGCAGCUCAUGGAGAUGGGUUUUGAGGAAGAGCAGAGUAAACUGCUGCUGGAGAAGUUCAACACUGUUCAGGCGGUCCUCACCUCCUCGGAGGCCAAAGCACUGAAGAACACAGACCUGGAGAACCAGAGCGGGAGCUGUCGCUCUCUGUGGGUUGGGAACAUCACAUUGGAGGUUACAGAGAAUGACCUCUGGGAGCUCUUCAAAAUGUUUGGUGAGAUAGAGAGCAUCAGAGUUCUUCACGAGCGCUUCUGUGCCUUCGUCAACUACAAGAAUGCCAACAUGGCCGCCAAAGCCCUGGAGAAGCUGCAGGGGGUGGAGCUGGGGAGCAGCAAGCUGGUGAUGAGGUACCCAGACCGUUGGAUCCAGCGAACCCUGCCCUCCGUACAAAAGACCGACACCGGCCUCAGCUCCAACGCUGCAGGAACACAGCAGAGCUCAGCUUCCACAGGGUCCAGACGGAGGGCGCCCGUAAAUGGAGACGAGUGCUUCUAUUGGCGGACCACAGGCUGUAUCUAUGGCGACAGGUGCCGCUUCAAGCACAUACCAGACCAGCAAGGUCGAAACAAGAAAACAUGGCAACCCUAACUACCCAGACACACUGAAGAAGGAUUUACAGUGAAAAAGGAGGAAGAGGAACAAUGAGGACAUGAACAGGAGGAUGUGCCUGAGAAUACUGACCGCUGAAUGAGAGAGAGAGAGAGAGAGACAGAGACAGAGAGAGAGAGAGAGACACAGAGAGAGAGAGAGAGAGAGAGAGAGAGAGACGUGUGAUGGCUGAAGUCAGAAGUUGUGACUCUGACAGGAGUCACUUUACAGGGUCCGGGACCCGACCUCAGAGAAGACGCAAUAAAUCCAUGUGACACUCAAACUUCUAGCGUAAGCAGAUCCUCAGAGGAGCAUCACCGAGGAGGCUCGUAGCUCCAUUUGGAAAACCCAGAAAAAGCCUGAUGGACUCCUGGUUCCUGCUCUGAGGAGUCAUCAGAAGGAUUAACUGGAGACCGGCUCUGUGACUAACUCUAUCUCUGAGCCUCUGUAUCCUAACACCUCCUUGAGUUGCUUUAAAAUGAAGUUAUUUUCCUCUUUUUACUUUCUUUUUUUUUUUUU